GAAAUUCAACUGGAAAGUCCGUUGCCCAAGGUUGCCCUAAAACCUUACCUACCUAACUAUUCUGCAAAGGUUUGUUAUCUCAUGAACAUGCCAGAUCCAUGACCUGCAUAAACAGCCUUGAUAUGAGCGUGUCAGGUUGAGUGAAAUAGCUGUUAGGUGUCCCCCCGAGGAUCUCGGCUCAAAACUCUCGCGUAGUGCUGUCUGGCCCUGCUCCCCGUGAACCAACACUUACAAACUCAAUGCUAGCACUGCCCACUGUAUAUUAAUAGAAAAUUGGAACAUUCCUUCUUCAGGAUAAUAGCAAAGUCAAGCGAGGCGUACGUGUUGUGAUCAAUAUGGAAAGUCAGCGAACUCCUGCGAUUCUGGACUACCGGAAUGAGAAUGGUCAUGGAUGGUCCUUCUACAAAAAUGACGGCAUCCUCCGGACGAUUGACACAACCAUUGAGGAUGACAAGGAACUGAUCCGAAAAGUUCAGAAAUUCGAACUGAGGGACGAUGACAUGAUGAUAGCGGCAUAUCCCAAAUGCGGUACACACUGGUUGUGGGAAAUCGUCAACAUGCUCAGGGCCGGUAACUCUGAGUACAACAAAAAGACGAAGGGGUUCGCCAUGUUGGGGAUGCCGAUGUUUGACCGGGCUGAUGAACUCCCCUCCCCGAGAGUUCUAAACUCACAUCUAAAUUUCCGUCAUCUGCCGGAGAAAAUGGCGGAGAAGCGGAUUAGAACAAUCUUGAUCCUGCGAAAUCCCAAAGAUGUCAGCGUAUCCUACUAUUGCAUGAUCAACGGAUUCAAAGAUAGUUUUGGGUUUGACGGGACGUAUUCAGAAUUUCUGGAUCUGUUUCUGGAAGGAAAAAUUCCCGAUGGGACUUAUGCCGACUACGUGAAGGAUUGGCUGCAAGUGAAACGGAAUCAGCCUGAUUUGCCUGUCUUGACAUUGUUUUAUGAAAGUUUGAAAAAGGAUCCUAUUAAAAACAUCAAAAUGGUUGCCAACUUCAUUGGAGUGUCUGUCAGCGAUGAACUAUGUGAGCAAAUAGCAGAAGCCUGCAGCAUUAAGAAGAUGAGGACGGCAGAUGCACAGGUGAAGGAGCAGAUAUUUAAAUUAUCUGAAAACUGGAAGGGAGGUCAAAAAGGAAUCUAUCGGAAAGGUGAAGUUGGGGACUGGAAGAACUGGAUAACUGUUGCUGAAAACGAGAGAUUUGAUGACGUCAUAGAGAGAACAUUUGAAGGCACAGGAAUUGUAUUCAUGUAUGAUUAGAUUAGAUAACAGGCUAACAGAUGAUCAUAAUAACUUCGUACAACGCAGACUUGAAUUAUGAUUAUUGUCUAACACAGGAUUUACACAGUGUCCUCUGGAUAAAUCUUCGGUGAAACUAGCUAGGACAAUGUGCCGAGGGAACAAGGAACAUAACCAGAUGGAAUCUCGGAUUCAAAUCAAGGUCAGGAUUCUGCUACAACUAAAGAGCGCUGCAAAUGUUACUCAACUUCUGUAGUCUUUCCCUAAUAUACACAUAUAUUGUGACAGGUACUGAGCAAAUGUUAACCAUGUUAUGUAAUCGUCCUCUUGUAAUCAAUACAUUGUCAAAUUAUGUAGUUUUCGCCUUGUACAUAAACACAUUGUCACAGAGAUUGGUCAAAUGUUACCAAAUUAUGUAGUUCCCACUUUGUACAUAAAUGUCACAAGAUCUGGCGACCCAUCAGUCGAGCACACAAUCACAGGUUCUGGAAUUGUUAAAGGACGCAACCCUUUACAUCAGUCACCUGACCAGACGUGAGAUUUAUAUUACAUAAAGAAUUAAUAAACGGUUAACGGCA